AGCCAGGCCGCUCUCAGCUGAACGCAGCCAGCAGCUUCGCCAGGCUGGCCCAGACCCUGGUAAUGGAGGAGAGGAGGAUCGCGGCAGAUGUCAACUCGAGGGAGCCGUCCGUGGCGCCCCCUGCUGGGGGCUCCCCGCAACACGCUGCGCGGCCUGAGGCUGAGGCCAACCCAGAAGAGGAGCUGACAUUUGAGGAGCUGGAGAAGAGGGCGAAGAGUGGAGACGCCAAAGCCCAAACAGAUAUUGGGAAAUACUACCUGAAGCUGGCUGAGGAGCAGGAUGAAGAGCUGAACAACUGCAAUGCUGUGAGCUGGCUGAUCCAGGCUGCCAAACAUGGCCGCAGGGAUGCCGUCAAGCUGCUGCAGCGGUGCCUCGCGGAGAGGAAAGGCAUCACCUCGGAGAACGAGGAGGAGGUGAAGAAGCUGUCCAUGGAGACAAAGUUUGAGCGGGCGGUGAGGAAGGCCGCACUGCUCAUGUACUGGAAGCUGAACCCGGAAAAGAAGAAGAAGGUGGCCGUGUCCGAGAUGCUGGAGAACGUGGGGCAGGUCAACACAGACCCGGAUGGUGCGGGAAAGACGGGCCCUGUGUCCAGCUCAGUGCAGAAGCAGAGGAGAGUCCUGGAGAGCCUGGUCACCUCUGAGUCCAGCAAAUACGUCGGUUUAGACGACUUUGUGGAAAUCACGAAGAAGUACGCGCAGGGCAUCGCCCCUGCCUCCGCGCUGGACGCAGACGGGGGUGACGAUGACGACGAUGAUGACAUGGCGGGAAAGAACCCGGACGACCUGCCCCUGCACCAGAAGAUUCUGAAGUACCCUCUUCACGCCAUUAUGGAGAUCAAGGAGCACCUGAUCGACUGGGCGUCGCGCGCUGGCAUGCAGUGGCUGAGCACCAUCAUCCCGACCCACCACGUCAACGCCCUCAUCUUCUUCUUCAUCAUCAGCAACCUCACCAUCGACUUCUUCGCUGUCAUCAUCCCCCUGGUCAUCUUCUACCUCUCCUUCAUCUCCAUGGUGAUCUGCACCCUCCGAGUCUUCCAGAACAGCAAGGCCUGGGAGAACUUCCGGGCGCUGACCACCCUGCUGACGCGCUUCGAGCCAGGCCUGGACAUGGAACAGGCCGAGACCAACUUUGGCUGGAACCACCUGGAGCCGUACCUGUACUUCAUCGCCUCCGUCUUCUUCGUCAUCUUCUCCUUCCCCGUGGCAGACAAGUCGUGGAUCCCCUGCUCGGAGCUGGCCACCGUGGCCCUGUUCUUCACCGUCACCAGCUACAUGAGCCUCAGCUCAUCGGCGGAGGCGUACACGCGGCAGGCGCUGGUCAUCGAGGUGGCGUCCUCGGUGUGCGCCAUGACCAGCCUGCUCCCCGAGCGGAUGGCCAUUGUCCGCCUCCUGGGCAUGACGUUCCUCACCAUCCCGGUGAGCGAGUUUGUGGUGCUGAAGCUGAGCAUACCCUGCCUGCUCUACAUGUACCUCUUCUUCCUGUUCUUCAGGAUGGCCCAGCUGCGCAACUUCCGGGGCACCUACUGCUUCCUGGUGCCCUACCUGGUGUGCUUCAUGUGGUUCGAGUUCUCCGUGGUGCUGCUGCAGAAUUCCACGGGCAUCGGCCUGAUCCGUACCUGUGUGGGCUACUUCCUGUUCCUCUUCGCCCUGCCUGUCCUCACCCUGGCCCUGGCCGCCGUCAUGGUCAUCCAGGUCAUCAAGUGGUUCCUGGCGCUGGAGCUGACCAAGAUGAUUGUGACACUGGUGGUGUGUACCAUUCCUGUCAUCCUGCGGCUGUGGACCCGCUUCAGCCUCUCCCUGCUGGACAUCUUCAAGUCCCUGUCCAAGAGCAGUGUGGUCAAGCUCAUCCUGGUCUGGAUCUCGGCCAUCGUCCUCUUCUGCUGGAUGUACGUGUACCGCUCGGAGGGCAUGAAGGUCUACAACUCCACCCUCACCUGGCAGCAGUACAGCUUCAUGUGCGGGCCCCGCGCCUGGAGGGAGUCCAACAUGGCCCAGACGCAGAUCCUCUGCAGCCACCUGGAGGGCCACCGCGUCACCUGGACCGGCCGCUUCAAGUAUGUGCGGGUUACGGAGAUCGAGAACGGGGCGCAGUCGGUCAUCAACCUGCUCCCUGCCUUCGUGGGCGACUGGAUGCGGUGCCUCUACGGCGAGGCCUACCCGUCCUGCGAGCCCCAGAACGCCACGCUGCACGAGGACGAGCUCUGCCGCCUCCGCUUCCUGGCCAAGCACGAGUGCCACGUGAAACGCUUCGACCGCUACAAGUUUGAGGUGACCAUGGGCAUGCCCCUGGACAAGAAGGGCCGGAACGGGACACUGGAGGACGACGACGCCACCAAGGACAUCGUGCUCAGGGCCAGCAACGAGUUCAGGCAGGUCCUGCUCAACCUGCACGCAGGCAGCGUGGUGGAGUUCAGCACGGUGCUGGAGGGCCGCCUGGGCAGCAAGUGGCCCGUGUUUGAGCUGAAGGCCAUCCACUGCCUCAACUGCCUCUCCAAGCUGGUGCCCGUCGGCAAGCAGUACAAGAUUGAGCCCGACUGGAGGGGCACAGCCCAGCAGGCCUUCAAGUUCGCCUUCGACUUCUUCUUCAACCCCGUCCUAUCUGCGAAGAUAGAGUAGUACCACUGCGGGACGAGUGUUGUGUGCUGUCUGGAGGUGUUACACUGUUCGAAUGUACCGAUACAUUUAUUUCACCUCUUUUAUGAAGCUGUCUCCACGGUGACACAACAAUGCCUUGUAAUAUAUAUCUCAACUAACCGCAUGUCUUUUCCACAGAAGUAAACAGUACAGGUAUAAAGUGUACUUAAAUAAAUCUACCAUAUAGACACACAUUCAGAUAUACCUCUACAGCAGAAUUAUGUGGACAGGGGACUGUGAUUUUUUUUUUGAGUUGCUGCUGUGCCAAAGAUGGUGAGAUAGCAGCAAGACAAAGAGCAAGGCCAUAUGUGUGUCUGUCCAGGACACGUACAACACUCUCUGCAACAGUGCAACUGUUUCAAGUGGCUUUAUCCUCAACACUGUCUUUUAGCUGAUUAUUUAUUACACAGCUGGCGUAUACUUUAAAUGAGAACAACAGCGUAGGUGUUUUUUUAACAUCUGCACAGGAACAAACUUUCCGCCCUGCAGUCACGCAGGCUCGCCAAAAGGCACGAUCCUCCUCGGCCCCGCCUCCAGCGGAGCGGGGGAAAUUAAUGGCGUAGCAGCUGCGGCGUCUCGCAGAGUGACGGGUGUCUAAUUGAUUACCCAUGCGGAGAGCUGUUCAAAACAACUGGCCGCUGCAUUCUCACACUGUCACGGGACAUCUGUGUGCAGAAGUGCCACCGGAGGAAGAUGGAUGGGAGAUCACCGCGGAGAUUCAACCACAUGUGCAAUAAUAUAAUGGACUAUUUCACACUCUUCAUGAAGGGAUUCAAUGCAUGUUUGGCCUUAAAGCAUUUCGAUAUCAUGUUGUCCCAUCUCUCGGAUGGUGCGAUUAGGCCUAAUCUUUGAUGGGACUAAAACACACACAUUUGGACAAAAAGUACAUGGCUAGGUGUGCUGAUAUAGUCCCACAUUUUGAUAAUCUGGGACUGUGAAAUGUCCCAUGUAAUAUUAUUACCGUGUGACAUAUUCAUAUAUACAGUACACCUGUUUGUCCUUGUUCAUUUUUUUAUUACCUGUUGCUUGACAAUACUUAUCGGUUAGCACAUGUUGCUACUCAUG